AUGGACCAGGGCGCGGUCGACGCGGUCACCAAAUGGCAAAUGCUCGUGCCGGCGCUCCCCGACGACCUCAGCAUACGUGUGGUAAUCCAAAAGAGUCAGGCCAACUUCCAGACCCUAUACCUCGGCAACUGUAGCACGGUGGUGGCGACGAUGCGCAGCAGUUUCCCGGAGCUCGGGGUGACAAGCGCGGACUGCAAGGAGAUGAGCUGGCUGCGGUACACGGCGUACAUAUACUUCGGCGAGGCCAUCAACAGCAAGCCACUGGAGGCGCUCCUCCUCAACCGGUCCACAACCUUAGGCCCCUUCGUUAAGAACAAGUCCGACUACGUCAAGAAAGCCCUCACCAAGGAGACCUGGAAGAAGAUCUUCCUCUGGCCCAACGGCACGGGGUCGGGGCAACUCAUCCUUGAGCCGCACGGCGGAAUAAUGGGCCGCAUCUCCGCCAACAAGAUCCCGUUCCCACACCGGAGCAACAUGCUCUACAACAUCCAAUACGUGGAGCUGUGGAAGGGCAAAGAGGCCGGGGGCGACAUUACACCGAACUGGAUUGGGAGCCUUUACGAGUUCAUGACGCCGUACGUGAGCAAGAACCCGAGGGGCGCCUACGUGAACUACCGGGACCUCGACAUGGGCGUGAACAAGGUGGUCGGUGGGGUCACGUGCUAUGAAACUGAAAAGGUGUGGGGCGAGAGCUAUUUCGGGCCGGCAAACUUCAGGAGACUCACCAAGAUCAAGCGCAAGGUGGACGCCAGCGACUACUUCCAGAACGAGCAGAGCGUGCCGCCACUUCCCUUGAAGUAG